GCACCAAAAAAGUGGAGAGCAAGUGAGGGGUGUACUUUGUUUAUGACAGAACAAUCUGACAGAUAAGGCAUCACACAUAUUGGUCCAAAGUCCAGUCCUCCUCGAACCAAUGAAGCACACUGGUAUUGACAGUUCACAGAGACUAUACAGAUCUCUGUUGUGGAAUACCGGCUAACUGUUUAGGGAUAAAGAGAGAUGGAUAUCCUGGAGACGAGUGAAUAUGAUCGGAGAAAACGCAGGAACACGUCCUGUGUUUUAUUUCUUUAUCUUCUCCCUUUUUUUGCAUCCUGCACAGUUUUUUUCUACAUGUGGAUCCCAGAUUCUGCCCCCUCUUUGCUGGCUGCUGGCAUAAAGGCCGCCCCUAUCCUCUCUCUGGCUCUUCUGGUUUUUAGCUAUAAUGGAGGGUGGAGUCUAAUGGGCGUGACCGGAGGAUUGCUACUCUCAGCGGGUGGAGACUGUUGCCUUGUUUGGCCACAACUUUUUAUCCAUGGAAUGGGAUGUUUUGCUUUGGCCCACAUAGUGUAUGCUGUCACUUUCCUCACCCCUCGAUAUUCUACAACGUCCUCUUCUUCCUCACGCUACGUCAUCUACCUCGUGCUGUGGUUGAUAGGCGGUGGACUGUACGUUUACCUGGUACCCUUCCUCCGGCUCGAUCCAGACGGCGACGUUCUCGUUCCAGCUAUAGGGGGUUACGUGAUGCUCAUCGUCAUCAUGGCCACAAUGGCUACUCGUACACGGAGGCCGCUCCUUAUGCUGGGCAGCUUGGUCUUCAUGGCUUCUGACCUUACGAUUGCACUGACGAAGUUCAAUGUCGUUGAUCUAGAAUACAAAAAGCACAUCAUUAUGGUUACAUACUACCUGGCACAGAUGAUGAUUGCGGUGGGCGACGUGAAGGCAAUGAUGGAGGCAAAUGCGGAUGACAUCCUCAAGUGGAAGAGGUCUUAAGAUUUCUGGAUGUUAGUUCAGCCAUUAGCCCCCAUGUAAUAGUUCACACAUCAUGUGCAAUUGUGUGUAGUAUUACUGAGAAGGGUUGAUCACUGGAUACAACGGGCCCAUGUUGGAUAAGCUGGGUUUGUCAUCUAACAGUAAAUGCAGAACUUCUGUAUAUGGACAUGACUGAAAUACAAUCUUAUAAUCUUAAAUAUAUUACACAGCCUGACCUAUUUUUUUUGUAAACCUUUGUUCAGGCCAAACUCCUAUCAAAAGUGUCAAGUUUUUUCUCCUUACCUUAAAGGGGCCAUGGCAUGAAAAUCUGACUUUUUUCCAUGUUUAAGUGCUAUGAAUAAGUGCAAACCACCAUCAUUGUGAUCAGUGUUUGAAUUUCAUCAGCUCAUUUGCAUUUUAAAGGACACACCCAAAAUGGCACAUUUUUGCACACACCUACAAAGUGGCAAUUUUAACAUGUUAUAAUAAAUUAUUUAUAUGGUAUUUUGAGCUAAAACUUCACAUAUGUGCUCUGGGGACACCAAAGAUUUAUUUGACAUCUUAAAAAAGUCUUGUGCCAUGGCCCCUUUAAUCUAUGUUCAGAUACUUUAUGUGUUUAACACUGAGACUAUGUAAGUGUGCAAAGCAGAAGACAGACUGUCCUAUUCAGAAAGAAAUAAAGGAGGCGAUGUCACUGUGCACAA